CGAAUCCAAAAUAAUACAAAUCUGCAAAACGGUUAAGAGUUCAAAUAAACACACGUCGUCACAGUCAGUUGUCACUUGCCAGUUGUCAGUUGCCAGUUGCAAUUGAAAUCAAUUGAAUGCAAUUUGCGAGUGCAAAGUUUAUCCAGCGAGCUAAACAAAAUGUUUGCCUAAGACAAUUUCGUUAAUUAAUUUGUCGCGUGUGUCGCCAAGUGUUUUUCGUUCGUGUAAAAUCAGCACCAUAAUCCAAGUCGCUUCUUCCAUCAACUCUAAUCGAAAACAUAAACAAAAGCGCUUAACUAUGGCCGACGAGAGUCUGCACACAAUGCCACUGGAGCACAAUAUAGACUAUCACAUUGUCACAUUGUUCGAGCGCUUGGAGGCGAUGCGCAAAGAUUCACACGGCAAUGCCAUCAACAAUCGGUUCUCCAGCACCCUGCAGGUGCCCAAGCGCAGCAUGCAGGCCGAGAUACGGACCCUGGAGUUUUGGAGAUCCAUCAUCAGCGAGUGCUUAGCCUCGUUCCUGUAUGUGUUCAUCGUUUGUGGCGCUGCAGCGGGCGCCGGUGUGGGUGCCAGUGUCUCCUCCGUGCUGCUGGCCACAUCUCUUGCCUCCGGCCUGGCAAUGGCAACGCUAACGCAGUGCUUUCUGCAUAUAUCGGGCGCACACAUCAAUCCCGCCGUUACCUUGGCCUGUUGUGUGGUGCGUAGCAUCUCCCCAAUCCGGGCCGCCAUGUACAUGACCGCCCAGUGUGGCGGAGGCAUCGCUGGCGCCGCCCUACUCUACGGUGUCACCGUGCCGGGCUAUCAGGGCAAUCUGCAAGCGGCAAUCUCGCACAGCGCCGCGUUAGCCGCCUGGGAACGGUUCGGCGUGGAAUUCAUACUGACAUUCGUUGUGGUGCUCUGCUAUUUCGUAUCGACCGAUGCCAUUAAGAAGUUCAUGGGCAAUUCGGCGUUCGCCAUCGGUGCGGCAUACAGCGCCUGUUGCUUUGUGUCGAUGCCCUAUCUGAAUCCAGCUCGCUCUUUGGGUCCAUCGUUUGUGCUUAACAAAUGGGAUAAUCAUUGGGUAUAUUGGUUCGGACCGCUCGUUGGUGGCAUGGCUUCUGGCCUGGUUUAUGAGUACAUAUUCAGCUCGAGGCGCAGCGUGCGACACGCAAAAAGUAGCAUUGACAACGACUCGAGCUCCAUCCACUCCGAGGAUGAGCUCAACUACGACAUGGACAUGGAGAAGCCAAACAAAUAUCAACAAUCACAGGGCACAUAUCCGCGUGGCCAAUCGAAUGGAGGCGCUGCAACAGCAGCUCAACAUGCCAACGCCGCCAACAUGGCCCAGAUGGGUGUUGUGGGUGCUGGAGCGGGCAACUACUGCCAGAAUCUGUACACUGCACCGCCACUCUCAUCCAAGUACGACCAGCAGCAGCAGCAGCAGCAGGAACCGCUCUAUGGCGGCACUCGUUCACUUUACUGCCGUUCCCCAACUUUGACUCGGAGCAGUUUGAAUCGCUCACAGUCUGUUUACGCCAAGAGCAACACGGCCAUCAAUCGUGACAUUGUGCCACGUCCGGGUCCAUUGGUGCCGGCACAGAGUCUUUACCCUAUGCGCACACAACAGCAACACCAGCAGCAGCAGCAGCAGCAGCAACAACAUCAGCAACAACAACAGCAGCAGCAGCAGCAACAACAACAGCAACAGGCAGUUACAGCAGCCCAAUCUUCGCAUUUACAAAACCAAAAUGUGCAAAAUCAAAUGCAGCAGCGCUCUGAAAGCAUUUAUGGCAUGCGUGGCUCAAUUCGCGGUCAGCAGCAACCACUGCAGCAGCAGCAGCAACAGCAGCAGCAACAGGCAACGGUAACAAUGCAACAGCAACAAUUGCAGGCGGCACCGCAGCUUUUGUCGGAGCCACAGUCGCAACCACAGGGCUUCCAGCCAGUCUAUGGAUCACGCAACAAUCCCACACCACUCGACGGCAAUCACAAGUUCGAGCGACGCGAUCAACUCUAUGGGAUGACUGGACCAACAAGGAAUCGCGGUCAGUCUGCCCAGUCCGAUGAUAGUUCGUAUGGGUCGUAUCAUGGCUCGGCAGUCACGCCGCCGGCACGCCAUCCCGGUGUGGAGCCAUCGCCGCCGCCACCACCAAUGCUGAUGUAUGCACCACCACCGCAACCAAAUGCGGCACAUCCACAGCCCAUACGGACGCAAUCCGAGCGUAAGGUAAGUGCGCCCGUUGUUGUCUCACAGCCGGCUGCCUGUGCCGUCACCUAUACCACAUCCCAGGUGCCCACAACGGUCACAACAGCAACACAGCAACAGCAGCAGCAGCAGCAACAGCAGCAGCAACAGCAGAUGAUGAUGCAGCAACAGCAGCAGCAGGCUCAGGCACAUCAGCAACAUUAUGCCAUGCUGCCGUUGCGACCCAACUGAAAGCGGCUCUCUUGGGGCCCCGUAACGACGCCGCCGCCAACAAUACACGCUGCCCUCGCCAUCCAUCCCACGGGCACCAUGACCCUGCACAGCUGCAGCCUAGCCAAGCAGAGCAGUUUAUUUUAGUGUAGUCAGGGCCAUCCAAAGCAUCCUAGCAUUUAGUUGAACCUAUCACACAUACACACACACACACACACACACAGUUAAGUGCAGUUUUCAUUUCUAAAUUCAAGCUAUCAAAAACGCAUUCACAUAAGUAUAUACAUAUAUAUAUAAAUGUAUACUAGACUAGAGAUAACAGACGAAACAUAGCCACAAUGUAUUAUUAAUAUGGGAGAAGUAAGUUGGAACUCACACCUAGCAGCAGACAACACUAAGACACAACGAUAACCAUAAGUCACAUUAGCAACUUACAUAUAAAUAUAUAUCCCCCAAUCCUUCCAUAAUAUUUACUUUCUACUCAUAAUCAAAGUUCAGUGAUUUCAACGAUUGCAAAAAAAUACAAAAUCAUAAAUACUUAAAAAAAAAGAAAAAAUAACU